AAGAUAAAAGAUAGUAGAGUCAUAAGAAGAUGGUCUGUAGAAUGAACAUGGGAGGACUUCUCGGAAUAUUCUUUUGGUUUCUUUUCUUAAAACUCUCAACUGCUGAUUCAGAGUUUAGUGAUUUAGAGUUUAAAACUCUUGUUAAACAGAAUGUUCAGUUAUCCACAAAGCUUCAAACCUUACAAAAUGACGUAAAACGGCGAGAUGAUCUAUUAACCGAGCUUCUGGAACGCCUUAUUCGACAAGAAAAACGAAUGGAUGAACUUGAAAAUGUUGUAAAGUUUAAAGACAAUUUCUGCAAACGAUGUGAAAGCAGACUCAAAGACGUUGAGACCAAAUCUAGUGCCGUGUCUAAUGAAGCUAUAAUUAGAACUAACACAAAUUCGUCAAACCGUACUCCCGUCAUUAAAGACGAUAAGAAGAUAACUCGAAAAGAACGGUUAUUGGCCUCGAUUAUUCCUAGAAAUGCUCCUUCUUUUGAUGGGAUCGUUGCUUUUUACGCCCAGAUGUCGGUCAUAGAAAACAGCCCCAGUGCCCACCAUACUUUGAUUUUUGACAAAGUACGCACAAAUGUCGGAAAUGGUUAUAAUGGGGUAACAGGAAUCUUCACUUCACCAAAAGAAGGAAUCUAUGUCCUCAACUGGGUCAUUCGAAUGUAUUCGGCCGAACAUUCUACCGAACUAAUGCUAAAUAAUGAUCAACUCGGUGCUACCUUUCUUCGCGCAAAACAGGGUGAUGAUGGCUCCGUGAGUGGUCUUGCAGUUGCACACCUCGCUAAAGGAGAUGUCGUGUUUGUGCGGGUUAACUCCCUUUAUGCUGGAGAUGGCAAUGUACACGCCGAUACGAAUGGGUGGCCAUCAUUCUCGGGAUGGUUGUUGCAUUAAAUUAUUCAAUAUUUCAUUGUUACAAUCCCAUUUGCCUAAUUAAACGUUUCUUACGCUUGCA